AUGCAUGCGCCGCAAGGGGUUGGGCACGCCAACCAGACACGUACCGCCAUGGGCCCCCCAGGCACUCCAGGAGGCCUCGCUACGGGCCCCCCAGGCGCUCCAGGGAGCCGAGAGGUCGUAUCGACGUACGCGCAACCCUCACCCAACCAUGGCAUUGGGGCACCCGCUUAUGGCCGUGGCAGUUCCGGAGCCCCCGGACACCCGACGCACAAUAAUGGGGCGUACGGAGGGUACGGUCCAGCAACGCACGCAACGACCCAUGGGUCGCAUGGUGCAGCAGACGCGCAUGCUUCCAGGCACGGUUGGCAAUCCCAAACCUCUAACCGCCCAGGCCAUGCGUCAGCUCCACCUGGCGCACACGGGACCCAGUCGUACGGCAACGACGGUACGGCAAUGGCUCAUGGAUCCAUGGCGCAAUCUGCAACGCAACCGUACGGAAACGGUCGUAUUGCGGAGUUGUCAUACUUGCCGGCACAGCAGUAUGGGACCAGUACGGCAGCCGCACAUGGGCUAUCUGGGUCAGGUGUGCCGUGGCCGCAGCAGCAGCCGCAUGGGCAACCACCAACAGCUACACCGCCGCCAACCCAACCACCUCAACCGCAACCACCUCAACCGCAACCAUCACAACCGCCUCUGCCGGGCUCACUGCGCGCCUUAGGGUCUACGGGCGGCCCACCGUCAUUCAUCGGUCGCGAUGGCGGCAGUGGCGCGGGUGGCGUGCAGCCUGCAGGGGCCGCGGCUGGAAGUAAUGAUGCCGGUGCUGCUGCUGCGGCGGCGGCCUCCUUCGGGCCUUGGAGAAAGGGACUGAAUGAGGACCAGCUUCAGGCCGUGACAAGCAGUGCAGAAGAGCCGCAACUCAUCAUCGCAGGUGCGGGCACCGGAAAGACCACCAC